GAGGUACAAAGUGUCCACUGGUGUCCAUCUCAUUACAUACAACAUAACAUCCUGUUGAAAAACAAUUAUAAGAGACUGUGCGCGAAAUAAGUCUAUGGACUACCGUGUUAUGGACUCUACCGGCAGAGCACUAUCUGUAUAUUUGCCAGGAUAAAGUGAUAGCUCAAACGUGACGUAAUAAAACAUUCAUGAGACCAAAACAGGAAAGUUGAAAAUGGCAACUACACAAUAUUUCACAGUGAUCAUAUCGAAAUUUCACCGUUCGUAUUUGAAAACUAUUUUGUGUUCAAAUUUCAGCCAUUACAACAACUAACAAUCGAUGUUGAGGUUACGUCAUCCUACCCGUAACGAUGCCGUAAGCACACGGCCCGUGCGCAUACGUACUUAUGUCAGUACAUGUGAAGCCAAGUUCCAAUAUGGUUGACAUUAGAAGUCAGAAUGAUGCUGAGCAUGACAAGAAAUUCGAGCAAGACCCGGGUCAUAGGUGUGGAACUGGUGCUUCCACUCCAUCCUCUCUGUCUGAUUAUAUCACUAGUGACGCCGAUGACAGUUCUGACGGUAGAUGUGCCGCACCAUUUACAUUGAGAUCCAUUGAAACGCAACUCGUUUUGACAAGGGAUGCCACGCCAACGGAUCUGCGGGAAAUGGUCAAACGUUGUAAAGAAAUGGUGAUGGAAAGUGCAGAAUGCAGUGAAGAACGCAAGUGGCUCGUCAGACGUCUCAUUGAAUUACGUCUGCGGGCUCAAGAACUAAGAGAAGUAUCCGUUGAGAAUCUACUAGAAACCUGCGUUAUUCUAGGACAUCAUUUGGCACCGCAAAAAAAUCAUGCAGUCACAUAUGGGCCAAUUUAUUGCGAUAAUUGCAGUGCUGCUGUGUGGACAAUGCUUCAAUCCUGGUAUAUGUGUAAUGAUUGUGGAUUUUGCUGUCAUGCGAAGUGUCUAACCGCCACCUGCCGAGUCUGUGCGCAUAUUGUUGCCAGUGAAGCUGGUGGAUAUACAUUUACGAAGGAUAUAUGCCCCGAGCGUGGUCUCUCAGCACAGUUGUACAGAUGCGCCGAAUGCAAUGCCAGCAUAACGUUUAAUAAAUUGAUACAUUGUUUUUUCCUGCAAGCUUUCACCAAAGGAUUAUUUCUGUCGUGUUUUGGAAGUCCCUUCAAAUACACAGAGGCUGCCUGGAUAGAACCACGCCUUUGCGACUAUACUGGGUUGUAUUAUUGUCAACGCUGCCAUUGGAAUACUACUGCUCCCAUACCUGCCCGCAUAAUUCGAAAUUGGGAUAUGGAACCUCGAAAGGUGUCUCGAGCAGCUGCUCAGCUGUUGGAAAUUCUAGAACAGCGUCCAGUCUUGAAUCUAGAGCAGCUAAAUCCAAAAUUGUUCACAUUGGUUCCAGAUUUGUCACUGGUCAAGAAGCUACGUGAAGAAUUGCAGAUGAUUAAACGGUACUUGGUAUUUUGCCCAAAUGCAGAUAACGAAGGAUUGCCAUGGCGUGCUGGCUUGCGGUCACACAUGGUAGAAAAUUCCGGCAGCUACGCAAUCAAAGAUUUGAUCGAUCUUCAGAAUGGAACGCUUAUAGAGGAAAUUCGAGCUGCGCAUGAUGCUAUGCGUAAACAUGUCGCAGAAAACUGUGAUUUGUGUAGAGCAAGGGGGCAUUUGUGCGAGUUAUGCGGUAAUGAUGAGGUGAUAUAUCCUUGGGAUGCUGGUUCGUUUUCAUGUCCUGAGUGUUCGACGGUCUAUCACCGUGCUUGUUGGGCAAAGCGCAAUCAUCAUUGUUCAAAAUGUUCUCGUAUUCAGAAGCGACUUGCUUUAAACCAAUGGCAGGGAGACGGUAACUUGCAGGUUUCCACACAAAUAGAUGAGACGAAAGGGAUAAUGCAGUCGGACCAAACAUACAGGAUGUCCUAGAACUGAAUGCAGAGAAUAAUAGAGAGUGCCAAGCUGCGUGAAUUCACUGAGAAAUUUACCUGUAGAACAUGUGGUCUCUGAAACAGCAUUGGCGAGAUACGACUGAUUAAACAGUCGCGCCUGGUAGAUGAACAUCUUCGAGUCAAUGCUUCAGUUUCUACUUCAUCGAGCUCAACUGUGUAUCCAAGUUAGACGACGUAACUUCGAGAUCUUCUUCUAACGAGAGGAGAGGGGGAGGGCAGUUUCAGAGCCUCUAUUACAUAACUCUACAAAUUGAAAAAAGAAGCUUUCGAGGAACUUGAGUAACUAGUCAUGUCACCGCCAUCGGUUUCAUUGAGCAACAGUGUAGCCGAGGUUGAGAAAAUCAACUACGCACAUCACGGAACGAAAUACAGAUUUUGACAAGAUAAUCUGCUAAUUUGCCUGGCCCAGCUACAUGCCGUAAAGCACCCCCUGCCACAAAUAUUUAAAUCUGGCACAUUAUGAUUGAUUGAUUGUAUAGAUACUAAGAACACAAAGUUCAUUGAAUUCUGAACAAAACUUCAACUCAGGGAUGAUGAUGGGAAAAAGAAAAACGUGGAAUACUAUUGUUCCCAUGAAAAAUCCCAAAAUACCUAUUACUAUAAUCAGGAUAUCCUUGGCAAAGGUACAGAUGCUAAGGGUCGAGUCCUGCCAGCCUACUACCAUCUCGAUGAUCGGAGGAAAUAGUAACGCCAACGCGGUACUACUUACAGCACCCACCAAAGAUAUGACUAGGUCGAGUCGGGGGAUAGCCGCUGCCAG